UUGGGAACUUUCAUAUGCCACGGGUGUGGCCCUAAAAAGCAAAAAGAAAAAAAAGAAAAAAAAUCUGAGAAAAAAAAAUAAAAUAAAUGAGCUGAUGUUAGUGUCAUAUUACAGUCACUAUUAUAUAUCAAUUACAGAGCUGAUCAUCAAAAUAUGAGAGUUGGAGUCCUAGGUCCCCCAUGGGGUACAGUACAACUCUGUAAAUUUGCUGAAAGGAAAUAUUGUAUAUGCAUACUUCCACCCUAAACAGCACACAGUUACCUUCUGUUUCAUUUUGAUAAUAUCACUGUCUUUUCCUCCUCACUCUCGACAAAAUCCAAUUUGAAUAGUUUUUUUUUAAUGGAUUCUCAUCAUAGUCCUAAAACCUUAAAAAAUAUUUCUUUACAGUUGGCCUUCCUGUAAUUUUGCAACUUGAACUGUUCAUCUUUGAGCUUGGUUUUUCAACGCUAGUGUUUGAAAUGGUCUUGAGGUUUUGUGGUUGCUGUUGAUUCUCUGCAGAACUUUGAACACGAGCUUCCUUUUGCUUGGUGAACUGGCCAGGCCCUGUGAGCGUGUGCAGACCAUGGAAGUGUCCAAGCAGCCUUGCUGUUAGAAAAGAUUCCUGUUUGGAUGUCAGACAGGUAGCCUAACUCCACACAUUUCCCUGAGAUAUCUGGCUUGUUCAGGAGGAAGAUUUCAGUACUGCUGCCCUGUGAACUGGCACUCAGCAUUUGAGUUUCAGUGCUGCCGCUUGUUAGCUGAGUGGAACUGAGAAAGUUGCUGAGCCUCAAUUUCUCCAUCAGAUAUUAAGGAUAAAAGUGCCCAGAUUCUAAACUUCUUGGGAGAAUUAUAAGCAGUGUAUGUCACAUUUCCAUCAUAUUAUCAGGAACUGAGAAAGAACUGAGGACAUCACAGCUAUAACUGUCGACAAGUUGUGCUGGAAGAGACAUUUUGCCCAUUGCUGAUGAGAAAGCAUAAAUCCAGAGGCACCUGGGACUGAAGAUUGGAGGAGGGGGCGCCUGGCUAAUUUCUCAAUAGCUUUGACUUGUGGAAGUCUUACUGCUGUGACUUCUGAAGCAUGGCUGGCCACAACACCUCCUCCUGUGAUGAUGCUAUACUGACACCCCAUUUGACCAGGCUCUACUUCGUAGUACUCAUUGGAGGGCUGAUGGGCAUCAUCUCCAUCUUGUUCCUGCUGGUGAAAAUGAACACCCGGUCCGUGACCACCACGGCCGUCAUUAACCUGGUGGUUGUCCACAGUGUUUUUCUGCUGACAGUGCCUUUUCGCUUGACCUACCUCAUCAAGCACACCUGGAUAUUUGGGUUGCCCUUCUGCAAAUUUGUGAGCGCCAUGCUGCACAUCCACAUGUACCUCACGUUCCUGUUCUAUGUGGUGAUCCUGGUCAUCAGGUACCUCAUCUUCUUCAAGCACAAGGACAAAGUGGAAUUCUACAGAAAACUGCAUGCUGUGGCUGCCAGUACUGCCCUGUGGAUACUGGUGAUUACCAUUGUGGUACCCCUGGUGGCUUCUCAGUAUGGAAUUCGUGAGGGGUAUGAUAAACACGACUGCUUUAAAUUCCAUAAAGAACUUGCUCAUGUAUAUGCACAAGUGAUCAACUAUAUUAUAGUCAUUAUUGUCAUAGUCAUUGCAGUGGUUCUCUUGGUCUUUCAGAGCAUCAUCAUUGUGUCAAUGGUGCGGAAGCUACGUCACUCCUUGCUAUCCCACCAGGAGUUCUGGGCCCAGUUGAAAAACCUUUUUUUUAUAGUGGUCAUUCUUAUUUGCUUCCUUCCCUACCAGUUCUUUAGGAUCUAUUACUUGUACACUGUGGCACACUCAAGUCAUUGUAACAACAAUGUUGCAUUUUAUAAUGAAAUCUUACUGAGUGUAACAGCGAUUAGCUGCUUCGAUUUGCUGCUCUUUGUUCUUGGGGGAAGCCGUUGGUUUAAGCAAAAGAUAACUGAUCUGUGGAAUCGCCUUUUGUGCCGUUAGCCACAAGCUACAGUAUUCAGAAGUACUUCCUUUAUAUUGAGAGUGAAAACAGGAAUGGUUAGUUCAUUACUUGAUUAAAACGAUGCUUUGAUGCAGCCAAACAAAAGGACUAUAAAAUGUCAGAGCAUUCUUUUCAUUCCUUAUUUAAUGUCUACCAUCUCUGGAUGAUAAACAUACAAAGACUAGUGAUGUUCAAUCCACCUGGAGUUACAACACUGCAUUAUUUUCCAAUGUAAAAAGUCUGCUUGGCCCAUCCAGGUACCAUGGGUUUAAUGGUUUCUGAGUUCUACUAGCUUAUUUUAGUUUCCUCAGUUUGAAACACGGUCUUUUCUUUGGACUGGACUCAGCCCUCUAGUUCUUUUCAUUCCACUUAACCUUAGUUAAGAUUAAUCUUGGUAAUGAUUCAGCUUCAAAAACACAAACUCUACUUAGCUAACCAGAAGAGAUGUCCAUUCAACUUAUGCCCUCACAAAAAACAAACAAACAAACAAACAAAAAACAAAAAAACAAAAACAAAAAAACAGAGAAAGGGGCAAGAAUAGUAAAAACACUUUUUUAGAUCACCAUAGCUUUGGUGGGAAGUCACUUAUUUAAAAAUCAAGAGAAAUA